UCUCCUAAAUCCUGCCCUCCGGCUGCCGGGGCUCCUGACGUCACUUCAGUUCAAACUGCGCCCAGGGAUUGGCUGCCGCUGUUAGUAGGCGGGGAGUUGAGUAACGUUGUGCUGGUGCUGGGGUGGAAGCUGCGCUGAACGAUGCUGGACUCAUUGCUGCGUGAUCUGUGGCAACUCCCUGCACCCUGCUGAUACUGUUUCUGAUUCCCUUCUUGCUUCCCAUCAUCACCUCUUUCUUACUGGAAACCUCUGCGGCCCGGCAAGGCUUCAUCCACUUAUUGUUUCUUGAAACGUAAAUUCCAGGGAGAAGACGGAGAUUAAUCGGGGCGCCAUGGACAUUUGCGGGGACGUGGCUAUGGAAAUGGAUCUGGCUCAUGUGCGCAAACGUCACUGUAUGGAUGAAAUUGGGGAAUACCCAAGCAGUAAGCGUGCCUGCAGAGGUUUGGAGAACAUUGCUAACGGAGGUGGCGUUUUACUCAACCAACUCAAUGAAUGUGACAUGGUGUACUUACAAAUGCAAAUGGCAACCAAUAAGAACCCUUUCCAGGCCUUGACCCCACAGAGGCACCAGAAUAUGCUGCCCCUUCAGGUUCAUGGCGGUGUUCAGCCUUGUCCAAGGUGUAUUGCUGGGGAAUCUGGCCACAUUAACCAUAUUUUGGGACAUUAGAAGGUCAAAGCGCGUGCAGCGCAAUUCAGAGGCAUUUCAUUCAAGAGGAUUUUACUGCUGAACAACAGUCCUAUCAGAUGCCGAUGUCCCUACCUGCUGCUCAUGUCAUUACACUAAUUUGUUUGAAGAGGAACCACUCCUAAGUCAGAUGAUGAGUAUCUGAUGUGUACUUGCAACCUUUGUUGGUUGCACAACGUUGCCUGUGGACUCUUUUUCAGACUGGUCCCAUACAUGAGCACAGUUGCAGCUUCUAUAUUUUUCAAUGGACAAAACAACAUAGUUUCUCUUUAAUAUACAGAAGUAUAUUAGUAACAUUAUACACUAUAUGGCUGAAAGUAUCCUCACACCCCUUCUAAUUACUGCAAUUAAUCCAUUGCCACCACAUCAUUCAAUGACAUUCUUCACAAUUCCAUGCUUCUUCCUACUUGGUGGCACCAGUUUGAGAAGGCCCUUUCUUGGAUAAUAACAUGUACAGAGCAAUGACCAGGAUAGGUUUACUGAGAUGGGAGUCGAAGAACUUGAUUGGUCUCCACAGAGGCAUAACCUCAACCCAACUGACUACCUGUUAGAUUAAUUGGAACCAUGAUGUAAGCCAGGCCUGAUCCUCAAUGUCCUACCUCUUCGGUAUCAAUGCAAAGAAGUACCUCCAACAAUGGUCAAACAUCUAUCAAAAGCCUACCCAGCUGAGAGAGUAGAAGAUUAAUACCAUUGAAUUUGAAUUGAGAUGCUGUACUAGCAGGUGUGAGGUGUCCACAUACUUUUAGCCGUGUAGUUUACUUCAUCCAUAUCCCGGGAAUUAACUACGCAAUUAACUAUGCAAAUUUGUAAACCACUAGCAACUUUUAUUUUUGUAAGACAGGAAUUUUUUUACAAUAAUCUUUCCAGUUUUAGUUAAAUUAAUUUCAUGAUUUUUAAGAUUCUUUAGUUUUUUUUCUCAGUGAGAUUUGCAUUAUAUUCUACAAGGGGUAUAAUGUGUAUUUUUGUAAUUAACGUUCUUGAUUGCUCUGGAGAAAAUAUAAAAUAGUAUUAAAGUGGAUUGUGAAUUGGUACAGUCCACGAAUUUUGCAACAAAAAAAGUUUUUUUGAAUAAAAAAAAGAACAGGAUUUAUCUUUG